CUUUCUCAAACAGGCAAAAACAAUCACAUAAACACACACAAAGCCAUUACCCAAAUCUCAAAUAGCAACACCACCAAAUUCAGUUCCUUUUUGCAAUGGUUUCCAAUGGGGAUGAAGAAUCAAGUGCCCAUAUACCUGAAAACACAAAAAAUUCAUCCUUUUUCAGGUACAAUUCACCACUUGUUCAAGUUAUCCUCAUUGGCUUUGUCUGUUUUUGCUGCCCUGGCAUGUUGAAUGCCCUCUCAGGAAUGGGUGGUGGGGGCCAAUUGGAUCACACUGCUUCCAACAACUCCCUCACUGCACUCUACACCAUUUUUGCCAUAUUUGGGAUCCUUGGUGGUGGCAUCUACAACGUCCUAGGACCCCAUUUCACACUUUUCGCAGGUUGUUCCACCUUUGUCCUCUACACAAGUUCCUUCCUCUACUACAACCAUUACCACCACCAAGCCUUUGCAAUUGUGACUGGUGCUCUUCUUGGUGUAGGAGCAGGAUUACUUUGGGCUGCACAAGGUGCAAUCAUGACAUGUUACCCUCCAUCCAAUAGAAAAGCUAGCAAGGUUGUUCGUGAUGAUGGUAGUAAAUGCACCAACAUUUUGUACUCAAAUGUGUCCACUGAGUGCUUGGAGAUUCUUAAGUUGUUCUUCAAUUGGAAAAUGCUUCUUUUGGUUCCUGCUGCUUGGUCUAGCAAUUUCUUCUACCCUUAUCAAUUCAAUAAUGUCAAUGGGGUGCUUUUCAACUUGAGAACCCGGGGAUUGAAUAGUGUGUGCUAUUGGGGUGCUCAGAUGCUUGGCUCGGUUGGGAUUGGAUACAUAAUGGAUUUUAGUUUUAAAAGUAGAAGGGUGAGAGGGUUGGUGGGAAUUGGAGUGGUUGCUAUUAUUGGGUCUGUAAUUUGGGGUGGUGCACUUGCUAAUCAGCUUAGUUAUUCCUCAAAUGAUUUGCCUGAGAAGUUGGAUUUUAAGUAUUCAGGGUCUCAUUUUGCUGGACCCUUUGUCUUGUACUUCUGUUUUGGGUUGCUAGAUGCCAUCUUCCAAAGCAUGGUCUACUGGGUUAUUGGAGCCUUGGCUGAUGACUCUGAGAUUCUUAGCAGGUACACUGGGUUCUAUAAAGGAAUACAAAGUGCAGGAGCUGCAGUUGCUUGGCAAGUUGAUGAACACAAGGUGUCUUUCAUGUCCCAGUUGAUUGUGAAUUGGGUGCUCACUUCAAUUAGCUAUCCAUUACUGUUUGUUUUGGUCAUAUUGGCUGUGAAAGAGGAUAUUAAUAGUGUUACUUAA